CAGCCCGUUGAUUCACAGGCAUCUUCACGUGGUGAUUUGACGGACCCCACCGGCAGAAGAAAAUAAUCGUCGCUGUUCCGUCGAGCGCGUGCCGGAAAGCGUCACGUCCCCGAGGAAGAUCGUUCGUUGGGCAUCGGACUUUCGGGUCUGCGGUGACACGUUUCCGCAUCUGUGCUCCCUCCCCUCCCGUGCAUUCGUUGUCCGAGGACGUGGAAGCUAUGGCUGGCUAGUGUCAGUGAGUACGUACCUUGGCUUGUACUUUCGCGCUUGAGCGAUUAGGGUAUCAUUCUUCGAAGAAGUCUCGUGUGAAGCUCAUUUGAAUCGACGAAUUGGACUGACCCCGACGUAAAGAUGAAUGUGAAUCUUCCGAAUUUGUCGAGAAACGAUUUGCGUGGUCGUACUGCCAGAGGAUUGUGCAAGUGGAAUAAUGAAUUCUCCGUUGUCGAGAGGGAGGAACGCGUUACCAGCUUGAGAAUUCGUGGAGCUGAGAAAAAGACUCAAUUAUCUCUCCAGCAUAAGCUAGGACAUCAUGACCUCCUUAGACUCGAUAGGGGCCACAUUCUAGGUCUUGGGCCUCAAAUUUGUGUAGCCGACGAGUUUCGAAAAUCUGCUGUCACAUGUCACGCAAAGGAGGUAAAGUGUUCAACUGAGGGUCAGGGCCAGACUCAAACUAUCAAGAAUGAGACCAUUUCAACAAACAAAGCUCCACUUCAGUCAAAGGAGAUGAGCCCCAAGCUAGACGAUGGAGGAACUGGGUUACCACCAAGAGAUGGAGAUGGCGGAGGCGGCGGCGGCGGAGGAGGAGGCGGUUGGGGAGGAGGAGGCUUCGUUUUCUGGGCUCUCCUCUUACUUAUUGGAUUUCUUAGAGACCGUGAACUUGAUAAGCCCUACACUGGUCUAAAGCCCAAGAAAAAGCAAAGGAGGAGGCAAUUAACUUGAAUGUCACUUGUUCCUCUUGUACCCCGUCUCAUUUGUGGUAACAGGUGAACACUGCAAUAGGACGAAACAAUUUUUGCCUAUAUAAUCUCGUGAGUCAGGAUUAGCCACAGGGCGUGAAGCUUUGGAAAUUGCAACACAGGAAAGCUUUAUAUUCUUCUUCAUCGGCUGCGAAUAUGUACGAGGUCGAUGUAGUUUUAGAACAGAAGUAUAUGUAUUACAUAUUUCGUCAAAUCUCAGGUUAAAAAAUAUAGCUAAAGUAGUCUGUAUCUGUGUGUCAAGAGUACGUGUAAACAUGUUCUGCAGAAAUUUACAUCACAAGUAGAAAUGAGAACUGCUGGAACUUCAGGCUUCAUUAUUCUACCUUAGACAUUAUCAGAUGAAUCCGCAGGAUAAGUUGUUGUAUUUGGAGCCCGAAAUUCAGCUGUGUGCAAAAUUGCUUAUAACAAUGAAAAUGGAUCUACCCUUGACGUGUCUUAAUGCCAUGGUUGGGAACGUCUGGUCCUGUUUCUUUCAGAGACACAUGCUGGAGAGAGCAAAGUAAUUCUUGCCUCGAAUAUAUCGG